UACCUCACUACCUUCUUACCAGUAUGCCGCCUCUCUUGGUCCCGACAGUAAAGCUACCUCGUCUGAAACUCUCUAUUUAUCGAAGUUUCUCCUCCUCUGGUUCCUCUCGCACCGCUACUACUUCCCCCUCCAAACCCGCCAUGUCGAAAGACCGUCACAUCAUCACGUAUUCCCCCGAAGCAUUCCCUUUAGGAUUCUCCGUCUCCUCCGUUCAUUCUGGUAUCAAGAAAAAACCCGGCGCUUUAGAUCUUGGUAUUCUCAUCUCCACCUCCGACUCCCCUUGCUCAGCCGCAGCUUGCUUAACUCAAAACGUAUUCAAGGCGGCUCCUGUCACUGUCACCUCUUCUCUUUUACACCGACAUCAAGGUCGAGCUAGGGGAAUGAUCAUCAAUUCAGGUUGCGCCAAUGCUGUAACUGGUAAAAAAGGUCUAGAAGACGCUUGGGCCAUGUCAGACGGUAUAACACGAUUACUUCCUCCUGGUGAAGGAGGAACUUUGGUCAUGUCUACAGGUGUGAUAGGUCAACAUCUUCCAUCUAAAAAAAUCGCCAAAUCUUUGCCUGAACUAGUACAGAAUUUAUCUGAUUCACCGAAAGCUUGGCUUGAUCUAGCUAAAGCUUCAAUGACCACUGAUGCGUUUCCUAAACUUCGAGCGAGGACUUUUAUUCUGGGCGGAAGGAAAAUACGUUUAGCUGGGAUCGACAAAGGUGCGGGGAUGAUAGCUCCUAAGAUGGGUCCACCUCAACCACCUCAUGCGACUUUGUUAGGGAUGAUAGCUACCGAUGCUGCUGUAGAACCAAAAGCUCUACAAAAUGCUUUGAAUUAUGCGGUGGAAAGGAGUUUCAAUAAUAUCACUGUGGAUGGGGAUAUGUCAACCAACGAUACGAUUUUGUGUUUCGCCAAUGGAGCUGCGGGGAAGUUGGAGGAUGAAGGUCGACCGAGUGUGGGAAAGAUGGAAGAGAUCAACGAAAAGUCGGAGGGGUAUGACCUGUUUAGGGAAGAGUUGAAGGGUUUGGCGGAAGAGUUAGCUCAGUUGAUAGUGAGGGACGGUGAGGGAGCUACGAAGUUUGUCACAAUACGUGUGAAAGGAGCGCAAACAUAUGAUAUCGCGAAUGCCGUGGCUCGCUCAGUAGCCACUUCAUCUCUAGUCAAAACUGCUCUUUACGGUGAAGAUGCUAAUUGGGGGCGUAUACUAGCUGCGAUCGGCUACUCUUCAGUCCCACCGAACACACUCCAACCUUCAAACAUAUCCGUCUCUUUCCUUCCACCUUCCACACUCUCAGUCCAACCACUCCGUGUCGUCUCCUUUGGCGAGCCUGAAAAAGUGGAUGAAGCCCUAGCUAGUGUAUUAUUGGCAGAAGAAGAUAUUCACAUAGAGAUUGAUCUUGGAUCAGGAAAGGAAGAAGCUACAUUAUGGACGUGCGAUCUAUCACAUGAAUAUGUGACUAUAAACGGUAGUUAUCGAACUUGACCCCUCCUCUGCUUUACCCAUUUUGGGAUCCUGAUCUGAGUGUCAUCUAUUCGAUCUUCCUUUGCAUAUCUAUGUUUAAACCUUGGGGACCUCUUGUAAGACUCGUCAUCGAACGGACAUGUCGGGAAAAACUGUCUGAGCCAUCCUCAAUUGGACUCUAGGGAAAGGGCGUGAGAUGUCUAACGAUGUGAGAUCAGUCAAGUACAAGUGGAAAGAAAUGCAUGGGACAUGAUGACUAUGCAAUACAUGAGUUGCUAUGGGUUG